CUCUAAUUACCAGGGGGCUUGGCUCAGGGCCUGUGCAUUUAUUUGUAGAACACGCCUGCUCCUAUCACUAUCCUGUAUCCAUGAGGCUGGAGCUGCAGUCCUCUCUGCACUAAACCAGCUGCCUGAAGCUGUCAUCAUCCUCACUUCACUGCCACUGGGCAACUGCAGUCCCCUCUGCACCCCCAGCACAGCAUCAUGUCGCUUGCACACACAGCUGCAGAGUACAUGCUGUCCGAUGCCCUGCUGCCUGAUCGCAGGGGCUCCCGCCUCAAAGGACUGCGUCUAGAACUGCCCUUGGACCGGAUGGUCAAGUUCACUGCUGUGGGCUUCCCCUUGUUGCUGAUGUCGCUGGCAUUUGCCCAGGAGUUCUCCUCAGGCUCUCCCAUCAGCUGUUUCUCUCCCAGUAACUUCAGCGUCCGCCAGGCUGCAUAUGUGGACAGCUCCUGCUGGGACUCACUGGUUCACCACGAGCAGGAUGAGGCUGGCCAGUACAAAGUGAAAUCUCUCUGGCCCCACAAGGCCCUCCCUUACUCCCUGCUGGCCCUGGCUGUGGCCAUGUACCUGCCAGUGCUGCUGUGGCAGUAUGCAGCUGUUCCAGCCCUCAGCUCAGACCUGCUGUUCAUCAUCAGUGAACUGGACAAGUCCUAUAAUCGCUCCAUCCGCCUGGUGCAGCACAUGCUUAAGAUCCGGCAGAAGAGCUCAGACCCCCACAUCUUCUGGGAUGAGCUUGAGAAGGCACGGAAAGAACGAUACUUUGAAUUCCCUUUGCUAGAGCGGUACCUGGCAUGCAAGCAGCGCUCACAUUCACUAGUGGCCAUCUACCUGCUGAGGAAUUCCCUCUUGCUCCUCUUCACCUCAGCCACUUACCUAUACCUUGGCCACUUCCAUCUGGGUGUCUUCUUCCAAGAAGAAUUCAGCUGCUCCAUCAAAACAGGGCUGCUACAUGAUGAGCUCCAUGUCCCUGAUCUGAUCACAUGCAGGCUGACCUCCCUAUCUGUUUUCCAGAUCAUUAGUCUCUCCAGUGUAGCAAUAUAUAGCCUACUGGUUCCAGUGAUAAUAUACAACCUUACACGGCUAUGUCAGUGGGAUAAACGACUCUUGUCCAUCUAUGAGAUGCUCCCAGCUUUCGAUCUCCUCAGUAGAAAGAUGCUUGGGUGCCCCAUCAAUGAUCUCAAUGUGAUCCUUCUUUUCCUCCGAGCUAACAUCUCGGAACUCAUCUCUUUUAGCUGGUUGAGUGUCUUGUGUGUAUUGAAGGACACAACCACCCAGAAGCACACCAUUGACACAGUGGUAGAUUUCAUGACUUUAUUGGCUGGCUUAGAACCCUCAAAACCAAAACAUCUCUCCCAACAGGUGUGUGAUGAACACCCAUAAUUGAGAAAGAAAUUAUAAAGUGAGAGACUUGUGGAAAGUAAGUUUCUUGCCUCCUCCACAAGCCAUGGAAUACUAGACAAAAUGUCUACUUUAGGAUGGGUAAACUUAGAUUCAUCAGAGUUAUGUAACUUAUAUUUGAAGAAAGAUAUAAUCAAGACAUAAAAAUAAAUACGAAAUAUGGAACUAAAGAGUCAAAGAACUCAAAAACUAGGUCUAGAGCAUUCUAAAGAUAAUAAAAUUAAAGCAUAAAUAGAAAUAAAAUGUAGACAUUCUAUAGUCUUUAGACUGUAAAUAGACUUCAGCAAGUCUAUUUAAACUUUAACUUAUUUAGACUUUAAAAAGACUUUAAUAGCUAUUUAUGGAACAACUUCUCAUUAAGUUCAUUUCAUGUUCCAUUUAGAAUGGAUACCUGGUUUACUCCAAAGAGUAAGUACAGCAAUUUGAUAAGAAAUUAAUAAAGAUUUGAAAGCCCAGGAAA